CAGACUUGUAGCCUGCCUGGCAUCCUUAUCUGUGUUGCCUCCAUGGGAUAUGUAUGCCCUGUGUUUCAAUUUUACAAUGCAAAUACCAAUAAUAAAUAAUCGGCAUAACUCCCCACUUCCCCCCAAUUCUUCCUUUUGCUCACAACAUUUUGUUUAUACCAAUACUUUAUAUUUUCAAAUAUGGCGAGGCUUCCUCGAUACUACAGCCCUAUGACGCAAGUCAUUCUGGUUGGAUUUGUGUGUUUUUUGUGUCCAGGCAUGUUCAACGCGCUCAACGGCAUGGGUGGCGGCGGACAGAUGGACCGCACAACAGGCAACAACGCCAACACAGCGCUCUACUGCACGUUUAUUGUUUUCGGGAUUCUUGGCGGCUCAAUCGUCAAUCUCUGCGGCGUGCGCUGGACAAUCGCUGCAUCAGGCUUAACCUACGCGCUGUACUCCGGGUCGUACAUCUACCUGAACCACACGGGGAACGGUGCCUUCACAAUUGCGGCUGGCGCGAUUCUGGGUAUAGGCGCUGGGAUUUUGUGGGCGGCGCAGGGCAUGAUCAUGGUGUCGUAUCCGCGAGAGGAGGAGAAGGGCAGGUACAUUGCCAUUUUCUGGAUAAUAUUUAAUCUAGGCGGCAUGCUGGGCGGAAUUCUUCCAUUUGCGAUCAACUACCAUAGCGCUAAGGACUCGUUGUCAGACGGCGUGUAUAUUGCAUUUGUCGUGCUCGAAUGCCUCGGCGCCCUGCUAGGCCUGGCACUGGCUCCGCCAUCCAAGGUUGUGCGCGACGACGGAGCAUCCGUCGUGCUGGUCAAGUACACGAGUGCGGGCAAAGAGGCUGCUGAGAUUGCCAAGCUUUUUCUCAACCCGUUGAUGCUCGCAUUGCUGCCCAUGUGCUUUACGUCGAAUUUCUUUUACUCGUACCAGUUCGGCCCUGUCAACGCGUCCAUUUUCAAUAUCCGCACGCGUGGGUUCAACAAUAUCUUUUACUGGGGCGCGCAAAUGGUCGGUGCCUACGCGCUAUCGUUUCUCCUGGACAAUCCGCGGAUGACACGCAAGAAGCGCGGGCUGAUUGCGUUUGGUAUUGUCGCGGUGUUCUUCAAUGUCAUUUGGGGCGCGACUCUCAAGAUGCAGCACAAGUACACACAUGGCCCCUUGCCCAACGGCGAGCCAACAGAUUACCCCGGCGGCCUGAUUGACUUUUUGGAUCACAAGCGUGCGGCGGGCCCAAUCAUCCUGUAUAUGCUUUAUGGCGUUGGCGAUGCGCUGUACCAGAAUUUUGCCUACUGGAUCAUUGGGUCGCUGACGAACGACAGCCAGAAACUGUCGCGCUAUGCUGGGUUCUACAAGGGCAUCCAGUCAUUGGGAGCGACGGUCGCUUGGCAGUUGGAUGCCAAGAACGUAUCGUACUUGAACCAGCUUAUUGGAAACUGGGUGCUGCUGGUCAUCUCUCUGCCGCCAAUGUUCUACGUGGUGUAUACACUGAAGGACCGCUCGGAGGAAGUCGCCCCGGACUCUAACAUUUUUAAUGAGAAGAUGGACAUGUUGCCGACCGAAGCCAGCGCCUCGACCGUAUAUCGACCCGCAGAAGUCAUCGGUUGA